AUGGCAGAUACAAAUAAUUUCCAUGAAUUUUUAAAUGAGCAAGAUGUUUUAACGUCUUCAGAUGAAUUUAAUCAAAUAAUUUUUGGUGGUGGUAUCGGUAUACCAGAUCCACCACCUAAAAGACCUCCUGGUGAUAUAACAAAUGAUGCUGGUAGCACUGCUCUUUUAACGACACAACUUCUUUUUGCGAUACCAUUGGGAACUAUAUCUUUGUUAGUAUUUUGCUAUCUUCGAACAAGAUGGAAUGCAAUGUUUGCUCCAAGAAGUAGACUUCAAAAGCUUGCUCCUGAUCCUCUUCCAACUACAUUUUUCGGUUGGAUAGUUCCUUUGUAUAAUAUGCCUGAAUCUCAUAUAUUAGAAAGGGUUGGAUUGGAUGCUGCAGUGUUUUUGGCAUUUUUUAAGAUGUCCUAUAAACUAUUCACGUUUUGUGCAAUCGUUGGUUUUGUCGUAGUUGGUCCUGUUAAAUUAACUAAAUACUUCGAUCUCUUACCGGAUGGCAAUAAUGAUGGGAGAAAUUCCUUUGAUAAUGUUCCAAAUCCCCAACCAAUAGAGGAAACACCCGAGACGCCCGGAGAAUUGGCAGUAUAUGUGAUAUUAACCUGGGUGUUUUCUCUUGCAACUUUUUAUUUUACUUUUUAUAAUUAUCUAGAGUUUUCUAAUAUCCGACAUAGAUAUUAUUUAAAGUGGAAAGAUACUAUAGCUGCAAGGACUGUUAUGGUGACAUCUAUACCUAAAGAGUUACAAAGCGAUCCUGCUUUGGCUGAUUUUUAUGAAUCAUUGGGAUUUGGUACAGUUGAAAGUGCCGUAGUUUAUCGUAACGUUCGUAAACUUAGACGUGCAAUUGAAAAAAGAGCAAAAUAUUUACAAAAAUUAGAAGAGGCUUAUGUGGAUUAUUUAAAUAAUCCUUGUAAGGAUCCAAAUUAUGAACCCGAAGAAGCAUUAAAGGGUUUUGAAAAGGCUGAUGAUGCAAAGACUGCAAACGAUAAUGCAGCCCAAGUCCUUUCAAAAGUUUUAGCAAACCGACCAACAAAAAGUUUGUUAUUAUUCGGUGAUAAGGUUGAUAAGAUUGAAUAUUACACCCAAAAAUUCUUUGAAUACGAUAAAUUAGUUGAAGUUGGAAGACGGGGGGCUUAUUCAACUUCAUCUAUCGGUUUCGUGACCUUCGAAAACAUAGCUAGUGCGCAAUUAGCUUCACAAGUACUUGUUCAUUCAGAACCAUUUAAAUGUCAUACCGAACUUGCCCCUGAACCACGUGAUAUUUAUUGGUAUAAUAUGGCAAUCCGAACACGAGAAAUGUUUAUUAGAAAUGUGAUUGUUAACGUUCUUAUUUUCUUUCUUGUGUUUUUCUGGUCUGGACCUAUUUCACUUUUUGCUUCACUGUUGAGUCUUAAGAGUUUGGAGAAAUUUUUUCCAUGGUUAGCACAUUUAGCAGAAAAGAAUGAAGCCUUAAAGGAUUUUAUUCAAGGAACUUUGCCAACUUUGUUCGUAUCUCUAUUCAAUGCACUUUUACCGAAAAUCAUGAUUUUCUUAUCUAGACUUCAAGGAUUUCAUGCUCGUAGCACUAUCGAGCUUUCGACAUUUGCCAAAUAUUACUUUUUCUUGUUAAUGAAUGUAUUGCUUGUAUUUUCCAUUGUCGGAUCAGUAUUCAAGAAUAUUGAAGAAAUCUCUAGAAAUUUGCCAGAAAUUGCUUAUAAAUUAGCUACAACAUUGCCUCAAGUAAUUUUUAUAAUUUAUUGA